AUGAACAUCAUCAGCCCUUCGACGCUUCAAGUGUCGAUUCCGAUUUCAACUCCCGUAUCGACUGCUCAUGGAAGCGUUAUACCAGCACCAGGUCUCGAUAACCGAGCGUCCUGCUGCCCAACAACCUGUGAUGCAAUUGAUCCUGAGGUCAUUCCCUCUUCUACUGGACAGCUGAUAGAUAUACAGAAUGGCACGCAACAGGCUGCUGCACCCGAGAAUGUAAACUCAGCGCCUUUGUGCGUACGUCGAACGGCCCCUCUUGAAUUGACGCGAGCUCUCACAAGACAACGCGUGCGAGAGUUUCGUGACAGGCGGCAUCGAUCACGUAUUCCACCGACGAUACCCUCGACUGAACCAAGGCCAUCGGAAUCGACAAAUCAUCACGGUCGUGCCACUACAAGUACGUCUGUACAACGUCCUUUCGUGUUUCAGCAGGCCGAUGCAGGGAGCUCUAGCGUCGAACCUCAUGAUAGCUUGGGUGAUGAUGCCACCUUGACCGCCGCUCAGCCUCGCAAUGAAACCUUGCAAAGCUUCAUCAACUCUCUUCAACAAAAUACUGGAUGGACCCCCGAGUUCCUCGACCCGUAUAAACGUGCCUACGACCAGAUUUUUAAGGUCUUCUAUAGCUCUAAGUGUAAUUGUACACAUUGGGUUGAGGGUGACGUGGCCGGGCUCUCUGACUCUCUUCGGGAGCGCGUCGAGCAGCUUCGACAGUUUAUUCCUCCUCUGUCCACAGUGUUUGGUGAGACGGGCUCUUAUGACCCCAGCAGCUCUUUCCAGCAGUGGAAAAGCUUCCUUGCCGACGAACCGAUCCAGCCACUUUCAUUUAGCAAAUCAUCACAGGCUUUUUGCCAUCCCGGUCAACCAGCGCUGUCAUUGUCUAGGCAAUGGGACAUCGAUAGCAUCUGGUUUGGGGCAAAAGGCCUUCAAGCAAUCCAAUCGCCCAACAGCUUUAGGUUGUCCUUUCUUCCCUCUGCAGCCUUGAACAUAUCCAAAGAUGAGAUAAUUCAGCCACACGGACUGGACCUGGCAAGGACACGACAUAUUAAACUCGGGACAUUCAACGCACACAGUGUACCAUUCUCCGCGUUUGUCUUCUUCCCGAACGCUGCAAAAGACAUGACGUCAUCAACUCAGAACGCUCUGUCACUGGAGCGCCAACAAGAUCUCUAUGAUCAUGUCAUCAUUCCGGCAGCUUUUGAAGCAGUACCCGAUCCUUGUCGGCAGGAGUUACCGAGAACGUAUGAAAUUGCAUAUGCUAAAUCUCGCUCUUUCCAGGAAAAACCUGGAAAUAACCGUUGGAAACCAGGAGACGUGAACAGAGCUGUUCAUCUACAGUACACAAUUCCGGCAGAGAAUCUUGCGCAGUUCUGGAGUCUGAUAGUCGAAAAAGCGAAUUCUUUCCGAUUGACCACAAAAAGCGGCGUAAUGGUGUCCUAUUUCAGGGAUCCCAAGCUGCUAUUUCAGUCUCAUGACCUGAAGAAUACGUUCGGGAGAGCGACACUGAUCGAAAGCCUACAUUACUUUCAGGCAUCUGUUCUCCAAGCCUUUGACCCUGUCCAUCUGGAUAUCCGUUCUUGCUGGAUUGAUAUCGGGACUCGUGAUUAUGUCGCGACACCUCCAUCUUCUAGCCAAGUGAUGCGAGAACCUUACACUCUGUUUUGGAAGAGUCAGUGCCAUCCUUAUCUACAUGAGCAGUUGUCCAGAUGUGCACCCACGUCCCCGAUGAAUGCUCAAACUUUUCAGCGGUUUUUGCUCCGUGACCUUGGAGAUUACCAAGUCAAAGCGAAGCGUACGCGAGCAUCGAACCCAGGCCACCCAGAUGAGCGCAAGCCAGGCAUUAUUCGUGCCAAGGCAUACAGCUGUCACAAAGAAGUAUUCGCUGUCAUGUUUAGUGAAUACGAAUUAUUUGGCUCGGGGCUUCUUCCCCUUCUUGCUUUGAAUCAGAGUAUGAUCAGCGAUCUUUCAUCGGCCGAUCAGGGCCGUCAUCAAGCACCAACCUUCCACGUCCAUCGUAAUGCUCUAUCGAAGGCGUGGGAUGCCAACAAACGUCAUAUCAAAGCUGCCAUGGAUGCAAGAAACUCAACAAACUAUGGCAUCCGUAAAGAGUUGACAUUUCGGCUUGACGUGAUUCUCACAAUGUGGCAUGACGGCUACUUUGAGCCAAGCCAGAAUCCUCAUAUGGCCCAAAGGUCUCUCGAAAUUUCCCCUACAUCUACUGGCACCAAUCACCAACCAUUCUGGGUCGUAUCUACCAAAGACAUAAACGAUCUUGUGUUCACGCAAGCUGCUAGAUUCAUUGUUCCUCUAGAUCACUUAUUUCGCGAAGCUUCCAUCUCCAACACUAUUUCGCCACCUUCUCUAAUUCUUGCUUUCUAUACAGCCCAGCUCUUUUGCCGACUUCUCACCUAUGCACUGACCAGUAAAGAGCAAUUCCCGUAUGAUAAUUGGAUUUGGCUUUCGCGAUGGACUUCACGUAGCCGAACACACCACACCAGAGAGUUGCGAGAGCGGCUCGGCCUCGGCUUAAGUGAGACUAUCCAAAAUUCAGGGAUGCUCUGGAUUCCUCACUCGUGUAUAGACUGGUAUGCCGGACAUAUCGCUUUGGAAAAGCUUAUCCAACUUUACAUACCUCGAAAUCCCAUCCAGCGAGGCCUUCUAUCUCAGAUGAAUGUGCAGCGUCUUGCUGCAUCCAGUAUCAGUAUCGAGCUAUCUCUGAGACAGUUGCUUAAUCAAGCGAAAAACGAAUUUGAUCGCGGUUGUCAGCGAAAUGGCAAUGAGGUUAUCGAGAAAGUCAUGCGCCCGAUGACAGAGGAGAUAGCCAGGGCUUAUCACCAGCACAUGAUAGCAAAGCUACAACUGUAUUGGGAACGAGUCCGCACUCAGGUCGGCUGCCAUAGAUUGCCCCGCCUUCAGCAACUGCAACAGAUUGAACAGGAGUCAGGACAAGUUGGCCGUAUCGUCACUGCGCAGACGAUAUGGGAAAUAUAUGACGAAGCUUGGAGCGCUUACAUCCGCAUUCACCCUGUGUCCGACGGUGGAGAUUUACCACCCAAUGUACCUUGCUGGAUGGCGACACGCAAGUAUGUUCCGCCUAAUGAUAGUUGGUCUGAAUCUGUAUACCAACGUCUUUUUGAUUGUGAGAAUAUCGCGUCUUGGAGCAAUCUCUACUUCCUGAAUCUUUACCGGAAGUUCAAAGAUCUGUGGGGAGUAGUCGAGAGCUACACAGAUCCAUUUGAUGAUCAUUUUCGUUGCGCAAUUGGAAGAUACAUCCUAGUCACGUUUAAUAGCGACUCAAGCAAAGACGUCGCCACAGAUCGGAGACCUGGGACAUGGUACCAGAAAGUGGCAUUUUUUCGGAUACAAUACUGGGCACCCUAUUUCUCGCCACCACAAUGUGUUGACUUUUCCUCCUGGGUCUCUGUUGCUAAUUAUCAACUUCAAAACCCUUAUACACCGUCGCCCCAGAUCUGUAGUGCUCUCAACGCCAUAGAGUAUCAGGAUCGCUCCAACGUCUUUACACAACUUUGGGCACAGUUGGUCGUUCGUAACAGCUUGGUACACGGAACCAAAGCAAAGGAGAAAAACAGAAUUUGUGAGCAAGCCAUGGAUUGCUUGAUGGAUCUUGUCGGGCCUAAGUGGAGUCAUCGAGGGAAGAUAACGCUUGUGUUGCCUUGGCGGUUUCCUGAUUCAAUCAACAACGCUGAGCGGUAUCAGGACUAUCUACGCCUUCCCAUCCUAUCGACAUCUAGUCGGCCACCAGGUAUCCCCAACCGACCCACCAUCAUCCUGCCGUCUCGCCAUAAUGUUAUGGCCCUCGUCGAAGCCAUUGGGUCUCUCCCCCGAAUUAAUCAAGAAAUCCUUCAGAGGACGAAAUGGAUUCGUGAGAUGCUUCACAAUGAGGGCAAACAGUAUGCUAUGCGUAGCCAUCUUGAGGCGAAACAGGAAGAAAUGGAUGCUGUGUUAAGGCCUCACUCAUUGUUACGCCAAUUUCUGGCACAAACGACUCCCCCUCAGCGUGUUGUACACGACUUUGGUAUGACCACCAAGGCUUUGUAG